UUCGACGCACACUCCUUCCGAAUACGCUCCCUCACCCUUCCAACACCCGGAAUACACGUUCUCUACAUACCACCCCGCCACCCAAUAUGGACCCAAAGCGCCGAAAAACCGGCGACCAGGACAUCAGCGAGCUCCGUCUCGCAUCGCGACAGAAAUAUCUAGCGGAACGAGAAGCACAGCAACUCGCCCUCCUCCGCCUUCAAGUUGACGCAGAAGCAGAGGAUGAGGCCAGGCUAGGCUCGAAGCUGUCAGAACGAGAAAAGAAAGAGUUUGCUAGGAACAGGCAGACCUUGAGCCUCGCCGAAGCAAGACAAGCCAUCGACGAACACCUCGACGGAUACAGGCUUCCCGAUUCAGAGUACUCAAACAAGACCGAAGUUCUCACCAAGAGACACAACGACAAGGAAUCGCUGAAGAGCGAGGUCCAGCUAUGGGAAGAAGAGCAAAUCGGGAAGAUCAAGUCGCAAAUCAAGAAACCAGAGCGUGUGCAAGAGGACGACUACGAAUAUGUAUUCGACGUGCAGACUCAGGUCUCGUUCCAAGCGGACCCCUCAAGCAGACUUGAUCCCGAUAAAAAAGCCCUUCAGGAUCAGCUCGAUGCCGCGGAAAAGAAGGCAAAGACCAUUGAAGAGACACAGAAGAGCCUACCAGUCUAUCAUUACCGCGAAACUUUGCUCAAAGCCAUGGAAGAACACCAAACGAUUGUCGUCGUCGGCGAGACAGUGAGUCGUGCUAGACCUGAACUCCGCAUUCUUAUCCUCAGCGCCACUAUAAACGCGAAGCACUUUGCGGACUUCUUUGCAGCACCGGUCCUUAAUAUCCCCGGUCGAGCUCACCCUGUGUCUAUCUACUACACAUCGGCACCCGAAGCCAAUUAUCUUAGUGCGGCUAUCACAACGGUCUUCCAAAUUCACAUCGCUGCCGAUCUCCCCGGUGAUAUCCUUGUCUUUCUGACAGGUGAGGAAGAAAUAAUUUCAGCUCAGGAGAACAUUGAAUCGACAAUGAAGAAACUCCGGGGCAAGGUCAAGGAACUCAUUAUCUGUCCACUAUACAGCGCGCUUCCUCCUGAUGUUCAAGCCAAGGUGUUUGAGCCAACGCCGCCCAACUCUCGAAAGGUCAUCCUCGCUACCAACAUAGCCGAGACAUCCAUCACCAUUGACGGUACCAAGCACGUGAUCGAUUGUGGCUUCGCAAAGGAAAGCAAUUUUAACCCUUCCACGGGUAUCAGUUCUCUAGUUGUCAGCCCCAUCUCUCGAGCCAGUGCCAAUCAAAGAGCGGGACGAGCGGGACGAACUUCAGCGGGGUUUUGCUAUAGAUUGUAUACACGCUUCGCUUUCUACAAUGAGAUGAGCGAGACGACGGAGCCAGAGCUCCAACGAACCGGCUUGGAUGGUGUAGUUCUUACAUUGAAAGGACUCGGAAUUUCGAAUUUGCUUGACUUUGAGUUCCUCGAUCCACCAUCACCAAAUUCUAUCAUUAAGUCGCUGGAAGGCUUAUACGCUCUGGGCGCUUUGGAUAGUGCAGGAACACUAACAAGAAUGGGCCGGAAAAUGGCCGAACUACCACUCGAUAUCAAAUUGUCCAAAGCCAUUCUUGAGUCAGAGAAAUACGGCUGCCGCGAGGAGAUGCUUUCCAUUGUGUCUGUCCUAGGAGAAUCUGCGAGCCUAUUCAUGCGGCCCAAAGAUAAGAGGGUAGCAGCCGAUGCUGCACGCGCUCGUUUUAGUACCAAGGAUGAGCAGGGAGGUGAUUUCCUGACAUACCUCAACAUAUGGCUACAAUUUGAAGAGAGUGGCUUCGACCCGAGGUGGUGUUCCGAGAACUUCCUUCAAUUUCGUUCAUUGUCCAGAGCACGCGAUGUUCGUGAUCAGCUAGUCAAGCUCUGCGAGCGCGUCGAAUUAGCCGAGACGAGCGCAGGAUCGGACCACGUCGCCAUUCGCAAAUGUCUCACGGCUGGAUUUUUCCCUAAUGCCGCGCGACUCCAACGCGACGGUCUGAGCUAUCGUACACUUUCCAACAACGGAAUGACAGUUUUCAUCCACCCUUCAUCCAGCCUGAGUUUGGCAGAGAACCGUCCAAAAUGGGUUGUUUACGCAGAACUGGUCGAGACGACAAAGGAAUAUAUCAGAAGUGUCCUGCCUAUUAAUCCAGAUUGGCUGGUUGAAGUAGCCCCGCAUAUUCAUUCAGCAAGCUCAAUCAGCAAACUUGGCGAUAAUAAAAAGAUGCCUAAGGAAAGGACGAAGACGGGCACUGGCUACAACUUGCCAAUCAAGUCAGCAACUGCCAGCCAAAAAUAG